GUUUGUUAACAAACAUAACCUUCAAUUUAAAUUCCUAGAUACGACAUAGACAUGAUGCUAUUUUCACUGACAUUACGUUUAAUCUUGAAGCGCUUUUUGUGUUCUAUCUUGCAUUAAAAUGGACAUUCAAUUAAGAUGAUAAUAGGAGUCUUUAAACUUGUCUCACUCCGCUAAUCUAUCUUGUAAAGAUACUCCGAUUUUAAUGUAUUUUAAAUACCAGGAGUAAUUAAUAGUAGAUUUUCAAAAUUAUUUAUCUGUGGUGAGUCAAAGGACUGUUUUUUUAAUAAAAAAACUGCUAAAUUGACAAUGUAAUUAGAUAUUUUUAUGAUUUUAGUGAGACUAUACUAAUAUGAUUUCAAUUUAUAGAAUCAGAUCUAUGCAUCAUUUAUAUAAACCUUUCUUUUAUGAUAGUCAUAAGUGUUUACUAUUUGGAAGAUAUAGUAGGAUAUUAAAUUUCAAUAAUGAAUUGAAUAGUUCUAUGUUAAUAUACACAGAUAAGAGAAUUGAGGGAAGAUCUAGUUUAACUGAUAAGCAAUAUAAGUAUUGCAAAUAUAGGCCUAGAACUUCUUCAUCACAGUUGAACAUCAAUUGUAUUUGUUCCUCACAGUGUCGCUGUACAAGUACCAAUAUUAAAAGUUCUUUUGUAAGUAUUUUACUUAGUGAUAGAAAGAAAUUUUUAGAAAAGUUUUCUGCAGUGAGACUAGUUGAUAGUUCUUCGGAUUCAAUCAAGCCAUAUUUAAAACUUAUGCGUAUUGAUCGACCCAUAGGAACAUGGCUGUUAUUCUGGCCCUGUGGUUGGAGUAUUGGGAUGGCUGCAGUGCCCAGCUGCCUACCUCCUUUGGAUCUGCUCACUCUCUUCGCAGUGGGAGCGUUCAUCAUGCGAGGAGCAGGCUGCACCAUCAAUGACAUGUGGGAUAAAGACAUCGAUGGAAAGGUGGCUCGGACCAAAGAUCGUCCGCUGGUGAGUGGAGCCCUAUCGCAGUGGGAUGCUCUAGUGUUCCUCAGUGGACAGCUUGGUUUAGGCUUACUGGUGCUGCUGCAGCUUAACUGGUCUAGCAUCUUGCUAGGUGCAAGCUCUCUUGGCCUCGUGGUCUUGUACCCUCUAAUGAAAAGGAUCACAUACUGGCCCCAGUUGAUCCUGGGGAUGACUUUCAAUUGGGGGGCUCUGUUGGGAUGGUCCGCUGUCCACGGUUCCUGUGACUGGACCGUCUGUCUUCCUCUCUACACCGCGGGCAUCUGCUGGACCAUCAUCUACGAUACAAUAUACGCUCAUCAGGACAAGGUGGAUGACCUGAGGCUAGGGAUCAAGUCCACAGCCAUCAAGUUUGGAGAGGACACCAAGACUAUACUGUCUGUGUUUGGUGGUCUGAUGGUAGGAGGUCUUGUACUCAGUGGGAUACAGUGUGGCCAGACUUGGCCCUACUACUCGGCGGUAUCUGUCGUUGCUGCUCAUCUUGCCAACCAGUUGUUGACAUUGAAUAUUAACAACCCAACCGAUUGUGGGCAGAAGUUCCUUUCCAACCAGAGGGUUGGUCUCAUUUUGUUCCUUGGAAUCGUCCUCGGGAACUUGCUCAAGGAGAUGCCCGCCUCGGAUGAAGCUCCUGUCUUAGAUAAGUAAUGUGAUCAAAUGCUGUUACCGUCACCUAGUCACUGUAUUACCUGACUGUUUUAAUAAUAAAGUUGUUUGUUUAACUUUUA